AUAAACUUGCACGAAAAUAUGGUCACAUGUAUCAUGUAAAUAUAAAUGUUUGUGUCUCCUUGAUCUCUCGGGAUGCAUGUUGUUGUUUAACUUCUAUUGACUUCAAGUCCAGAGAAUCGGCCGUUAAAGAUUCAUAACAUUAAAGAAAAUAUAGUUUUUGAACAAAAUAGUGCAUGAUUUUUUUGUUAAAUUUAAUUCGAUUUCCUUUCCAAAAAGGGGAAAUACCGAUGUGUGAAAAUUAAACGUUUCACAUUUUAAAAGCUAAAUUUGUGAGAUUUAGUUUAACUUAAAAAUGGAAAUAUUUGCCUAACUGGGCGAAAAGCUUUGGAAAUUUGUGAAAAAAUAAAAUUAUCAAAUGUGUGAUUUAAUUCAAUUUUCUUUAACAAGCGUGGAAAUAUUAGCCAAAAACUUUGCAAAUUUGUGACAAAAGUGGUUAAAAAAAUUACACGCAUAAUUUGUGAGAUUUAAUAGAAAAGUGUGUGAAAAUCAUGGCGUCGUUUCUACGACGAUUUUCAUCCUCCUCCACAAAAAGUGAUAAGGACAACAACGCCGUGACUUUGGUCCACCUCGAAGAAAUCCGUGACCACCAGGACCGCAUUGUUGAAGAGAUGAAUACAAACUUUAUUCAUCGCGAUGAAGAAAUUUACGCCCCGCUUUUGGUCCGGGACAUGAAAUGGGACGGAUUUAAGGAGCGGGUCCUGCACUGCGGGUGUGGUUCGGGGAGGACGGGUUUUACCCAUUUUUUACCGCAAAUUUAUCUGCAUGAUUCGCAUUUAUUUGCGAUGGACACGUCGGAACAGUUGGUCUCUUAUGCGGCGAUGAAGUACCCACACGCGUCGGUGACCUACACGGUGGGGGACGUGACGAGUGACAACUUUCCCUUCAAGUGGACCACGUUCGAUAAGAUAUUUGCGAUACAUGUGCUCCAGUGUGUGAAGGAUUACAGAGGAGGACUCGCCCGAUUUUUUGACUUUCUCCGACCCGGCGGACAACUCGGAGUGACAUAUGCGACACAAUUAUUCACAGAUUUUUUGGACCGAGAGUUUUCUCAUGAUGAAAAGUGGAAAAACUAUUUUGAAGACUUGCCGGAAGAAUCGGAACGCAGUGAAAGUUUCCAACACGCAUUUCACACGUGUCUGGAUUCUCUUGGGUUUGAAGUAAAGAAAAUCAAAACGGAGCCGAUGGAGUAUACCUUUCCCAGUUUGGAGAAAGCAGUCGUGUAUUACAUUGGGACGAGUCCGUACGUGAAAGGAAUCCCGGCCGAAUUGCGAGAUCCUUUUGAAGAAGAUUGCUUAGAGAAGAUGACGACGGAAUUCAACAUUUCCCAAAUUUCUGACCCCUUCCACGCCACGUAUGAUUGCUUGGUCGUCGUCGCUAUAAAACCACCGGCAGAAGAAGAAAAACAUGAAAAAAGUGGUGGAAAACUAAAAAGUUUGAGGAGUCGGUUGUCACUCCCAUAAUGCAAAAAUAUAUGCAUAUAUUUUGCACAUAUGUGUGCAGAAACCGAGUGUAAAAUGCAAAUACAGGAAACGUUCGUUGCUAAAAAAAAUCAGCACAUUUGCAGUCAUUUCUCUUCUCUGAGAAUUUACUUCAAAUUUCUGAGAAUAGAUUUUCCAGAAAGUUUGCAAAUUUUUAUAAUUAAAUUUGAUUGAGAAUUUUGAAGUGGAUUUUCUUUAAUUGACACUAUUUAUGUAUUCAUAAUUUUAAUA